AUGCCCGAUCGCCCAUCAUAUCUGAAAGUGCUAAUCGCGUUCGAUCCCCCAUUGGUUCCUCCACGAAUCCAACCCCCAAAUCGCUUGGAAUCAGUCGAAAAUGAAAAGAUUCUGGGUCAGUGCCAAGCAUGGAUGAGGGCCUGUAAUGCAAUGUAUGAUGGCCGUCGCUAUGCUGCACUUGUGACAGACAUUAAUGGAAAAGCAGUGUUAGCAUGCAGAUUUCUUGCUCCGGUCCGACCACCGCAGUCCGUGCCGCAUCCCGGAGCAAAUCCGCGACGGACCGUAGAUGUUGCUGCGCGAUUA